AUGCCUUCGAGGACAGGUUCACACAGCCCGACUGGUAUCGGUAAGAGUUUACCAGAGCGGGGACUGCUCCUGCUGAUGGUUUUGGUGCUACUGGAGGGCUCCGUAAUUCCUCUCGGAGCUGCCAGCUCUCCGGAUACCAGCCACCAGAAAAAUGUGGACAGCCACAAAGCCGAGGGCGAAAAAAACCACACUAAAAAGGCGUUCCCUGUGCUCGACCUCGACUACCAUCACAUACAGACUCCCUUUGAAAUCUCACUAUGGGUGCUGCUGGCCUCGGUAAUGAAAUUGGGGUUCCACAUGAUACCUCGUCUUCCCGGUAUUGUGCCAGAAAGCUGCCUGUUGAUUACGGUGGGUCUGCUGGUGGGGGGGCUUAUCAAACUAGCUGGAGAAAAGGUCCCCCCAGUUCUGGACUCCCAGUUGUUUUUCCUCUGCCUGCUGCCACCCAUUAUUCUGGAUGCUGGCUACUUCCUGCCCAUUCGUCCCUUCAUGGAGAACCUGGGCACGAUCCUGAUGUUUGCUGUUGUGGGCACCUUGUGGAAUGCCUUCUUCAUCGGGGGUCUGCUGUAUGCUGUCUGUCAGAUCCAGCCAGCCAAUCCAAACGAACUCCACCAGCUAGAGAUCCUUCCCUGUCUGCUGUUCGGCUCCAUCAUCUCAGCUGUGGAUCCUGUUGCUGUGCUAGCUGUGUUUGAGGAAAUCCACAUAAAUGAACUGUUGCACAUCCUGGUGUUUGGCGAGUCACUGCUCAACGAUGCCGUCACUGUGGUGCUAUACCAUCUGUUUGAGGAGUAUUCGGCUGCUGGCACAGUGACGGUGCUGGACGGUUUCCUGGGGAUCAUCUCCUUCCUGGUGGUAUCGCUGGGUGGCAUUCUAGUGGGAGCUAUCUAUGGGAUCCUGGCUGCCUUCACCUCACGCUUCACCUCCCACACGCGUGUCAUCGAGCCACUUUUUGUCUUUGUGUAUAGCUACAUGGCCUACCUUUCAGCGGAGAUGUUCCACCUUUCUGGCAUCAUGGCGUUAAUAGCAUGUGGAGCAGUGAUGCGACCCUACGUAGAGGCCAACAUAUCCCACAAGUCCCACACCACCAUCAAGUACUUCCUGAAAAUGUGGAGCAGCGUCAGUGAGACGCUAAUCUUCAUCUUUCUCGGUGUGGCCACGGUGGACGGACCUCACCACUGGAACUGGACGUUCGUCACCGUCACUGUCAUUCUGUGUCUGGUGUCACGGGUCAUAGGUGUGGUUGGUCUGACCUGUGUGAUCAACAAGUUCCGCAUCGUCAAACUGACGACCAAGGACCAGUUCAUUGUGGCCUACGGUGGCAUGCGAGGUGCCAUCGCCUUCUCCCUUGGCUUCCUGCUGAAAAAAGAGGAAUUUCCCAUGAGAGAGAUGUUCCUUACUGCCAUCAUCACCGUUAUCUUCUUCACUGUCUUUGUUCAGGGCAUGACCAUCAAACCCCUGGUGGAGCUGCUGGCAGUGAAGAAGAAACAGGAGGCCAAGCGGUCGAUUAAUGAAGAAAUCCACACCCAGUUCCUCGACCACCUUCUGACUGGAAUUGAGGACAUUUGUGGACACUAUGGACACCACCACUGGAAGGACAAACUGAACCGCUUCAACAAGAAGUAUGUGAAAAAGUGCCUGAUUGCAGGCGAACGCUCCAAGGAGCCGCAGCUCAUCGCCUUCUACCACAAGAUGGAGAUGAAGCAGGCCAUCGACCUGGUGGAGAGCGGAGGGGGAGUCAACCUGCCGUCUGCUGUGCCUUCCACAGUUUCCAUGCAGAACAUCCAGCCCAAGAAGCCUCCUCCUGCCAAGCUUGUAGAGAAAGCUCUGCCCAAGAUGACUAAAGGCCGGGAGGAGGAGAUCAGGCAGAUCCUCAGGAGUAACCUUCAGAAGACACGACAGAGGCUGCGCUCCUACAACAGACACACUCUGGUGGCUGAUCCGUACGAGGACGGCUUCAGUGAACUCCUCAUCAAGAAACAAAAGAUGAUUGCGCUGGAGAAGAAGAUAAAAGACAUGAAUUACUACCUGACAGUGCCUGCUGCUCCCCCUGACUCCCCGACCAUGUGUAGAGCCAGACUGGCCUCAGACCCACAGUCCUACAGCAGUAAGCCAGCGAUGGACAGAGUGCCGACCAUCCAGGUGGACCUGGCCUCCCCUCAGUCUCCAGACUCUGUCAAUCUGAUGGAUGAGUUCCGACGGGUCGACCAGCAGGAGGAGGACCAGGGCCUGACGAUGAAGGCCCCCUCGGGGCAGAGUGGGCCUAACAGGCCCGGCGAGGCGGACAGAGGCCGAGAACAGCAGAAGCUGACGAGGUGCCUGAGCGACCCCGGUCCCAGCGCAGACGAGGAAGAGGAGGAAGAACCCUUUCUGCCUUGAUACGGCAGACUGGAUAUGGAGGGGUUAGUUCACUAAUUAGAGGAGAGAGGGCUGCUUCACUGCUCUAAAUAAUCUCUUUGGUUCAGAAACCAAACAAGCCAAAACUGCUAACGCUGUACGACACCAGAAACAAAAAGCAAAAGGGAGAUUAUCUGAAAAAAAAAAAAAAAAAAAAGAGCCAUUAGGUUGUUAUUAUCAUUGCUCUUUAUUUUUUUAGACAGGAUUGGAGUAGCUGUUAUCUGAGAAGUGGUGGAGUUUAUGGUCGAUAGUCUGAGACAUUCAGGAAAGAGCUAUGCAUUACCAAAGGUUUGGACUGUUUUUUGUCAGACAGUGUCAUUUUUACUUUAUUGUCAGACUGUUUUUCUUUUUUAAUGACUGCAUAGUUGUUGGUUUUUAAUGUUUAAUCACGAUUUCAAGCUACCUUCUUGGCGUCAUGCUGGGCCUCUAAUCCUAAAUGUUAUCAAUAAGGCAAACUGCCUAAAUCCGUUUCUCUUUUUCAAACAUUGCACUUGAGUUGAAGUUGCCUGUUUUUAAUCCAAUAUCUGACUGAAAUAGCUAAAUAUUCAAACAUUUAGAGUUUAGCUAUUUUAAAAUGUUUGGCCUUAUUUUAUGUCCAACCUUUUCACUUGGUGCAUUUUUUAUUUUUUGUCUUGCUUUAAAACAUAUAUCUUUAAUUCCAGGGGUGCUAAUGUCUGUUUGCAAUCAGUUUGUUCCAGUGUUUGUGGGAUGUGGGUUCAAAUCUGGAUGUAUUUAGUCACUUUGUAAAAGAACCACAGUUGUUUCUAGUCAUGCUUACAGAGCUGCAGCCUUGUCUUAUGGCUGUGGAGGGAGUUAUGUGUACUUAACUAAAAAUCCCCACUGCUGUAUAGGAAGGGAAAAGUUUGCACCCACAGGAAAGCUUGUGAGACAGGCAGUGAUGCAGCACUUGUGUUUUGAUGUCCGUGAUCAUGCUUGAUUCCCCCAUCCAAGUCUUCUGAAGUGAAAUCACUUGUUGUCAUGUCACAUUUCGGUGUAGCCGUUUUAUGUUUCACCUCAAUUUUAGAACACCCUUUAAAAGUCACUCAAGCAGGGCUCGUCGAGUUGUUAGAGUAGAUGUUUCUCUCGGUCACCUUCACACUCCUCAAUUAUUGAAACCUUUAGACCACAUGAGCUGAUUUUUUAAUAUAUCAAAUCAAAAAUAAUGAAUGCUCACUUUCUUUCACAUGCCUAUAUGCAUUCUUCAGUUUUUUUACUGGCCUUUACAAGAAGCAUUUGUGCUCUACAUCACUGUUCAGCUUAUUACAUGACAAGUGAACAUUUGUACAGGAAUCCAUCCACACCUCUCAACCCUCUUAAAAUCUAAGACUAUAGACCUGUCAUUGCAACAACAACAAAAUUCUAUGCAGUAUUGACGUGUAAAAUAUGUAAAUCAAUUAUGAUAUCCUAUAUUUAUAAUUACCCUUUACAACUGAAGUCUCGUAAUCUUGUAAACAUGUAACACGUUGGGGCAAACCAAUGCAAAAGUCAAAGCUAAAAUGAAACACGGGCAUUAAAAUAAACAAGAACAGUUGUUAGUUUUUGCACAUCCGAGCAAGCCUGGAAAGUUAUCUGCGGGCACGACAACAUAGUCAAGUGUGUUGUUGAUGGCUUAAGUCAUUCUCUACUGUACUGUAUACAGUUGUACAGUGUGUAAAAUACAUUGCACGUCUUUUUUUCUUUUUUUAAACCGCCCCUCAGUGAAUUGGAAUACGACACAAAUCGUUGAAGUUGUCGAUGUGAUGAUUUGCUCAUUCAUAUCCAUUUAAACAUCUUAUGUGCCACAGCCAACAACAAUUAGACUGUAAAGCCCCAAGUGUUCUUUCAUCUUAGUCUAUUAUCACUUCACUGCAAAAAAAAUAAAAAUAAAAAAAGAGUGUAGUUUCUCCAUACUGGCCAUCCAAAGCACUCAUCAUGGAAAGCCAACUUUAGCAUUGACACACGGUCCUUCUCUGAAGUAGGCUGAGUGAGUCACUGCUCCAGUUUUCUAGGUGUUAGUGACCGUUGAAUCCUUCCUGAUCCUCUUACAUCCAGACGGCUCACAUUACAGCUGGGUGGUACGGGCAGAAGAACCUCACAGGCUCCUUCAUUUUCCUCAACUCUUCUUCUCUUGAGCAUCUUUUAAUGUCUCGCUAUGGUUACUAUAGUGAGGGGGUACGAGGAUAUUUUGUCUGUGCAUAAACGCACUCAUGUAAAUCCAGGUGUAUAAAUAUGCAAAUAUGAGCCUACUUGCAAGCGUUUUUGGCCCCUUUCUUUGCUCCCGACACUCUUCCGGCUUCCCAAUUUCUUAAAGGAUAAUUGCAGCUGAGAGAUGGGCGGGUCAAGCCUCAAAGCAUCUCAUUUCCCUGUCUCGACCAAAUUGAAUUUCCUGUCGGAAAUGUCAGCGUGUGGGACUGAGUGUCCCAGUGGAGAGCUGUGCUGAAAAUGUCAACAAGGACCGGGUCAAAAAGAGAAGGAGAGUUUAAAACCCAGAAGUGACGAGCCAAAUGGCACGCAACACUUUUCCCCCAUCUUCAAAUCAUUUUAUAGCUGCUUAAAGGACAGUGAUAUUUACAUGCCGCAUAGGAUUUAUGAGGUUCUAAACUGUUUUAUAAACUGCAGCGACAGAAGCCCUGAGUACUGUUUCUCUCCAUCUGUAAAUGGUCUCUUAACGCGCUGCUGUUGGGGAACAUUUCUAUAGCAUCUUCCUAGAUGCUAUUUGAUUAGGCUCCCAUUUAACGGAAGUUUGUUGCUCAUUUAACCCUUAACUGCUCUGCAGAGACUUUUAAGUAGUUGGCAGGAAGGUUGCAGUAAUUCAUUUCUAAACAUAUUCACACUUGGGAAUACAUGUAACUGUGUGAAUGCAAAGCAGGGUAUCUCUCAGAGGUAACAUGCAUCAUGCUCUGCACAGAUGUUAUAUUUUUUUCAUAUCCGAAUGGAUAUUGAACAUAACUUGAGGGAUGUGAUUAAAUACAAGGAAACCAAAAAUCUCCAAUUUUAAAUUAAAACAACCCUCAAAACAAGAGAAAUGAAAUCCCUGAUUGCUUCACAUUAUCCCAAAGACUUUAAUUUCUCAAAAAGAAAAGAACCCCUAUUUUCAUACUUUAUCUUUUGAAACCAGUUGCAUCUUUUUGGGCAAACAUUCUCACACCUUGGAGGGAAAUGUUUGGUGCAGAAAACCUUAAUCUAAAGCCAUACAGCCUAUAGAAGAACCUAUUUCAUUGUAUUCAUAUAUUAUGUCAUAUACACCUCAUUUUUGCCUUUGCUUUGCUCGACGCACAAAACAAACUUUGCAUUUAAAUCGCUUGUGUCUUCAGGUGAAUGCUUGCGGUUCUUGAUUUGAAAUGUCCACUCUGGAUGUUUUUCUACAGCGCUGAAUUGUUCUAAGUCAUGGCAGUUGUUUUCAUUGAAUGUGUUCGACUGAACUACAACACCGUUGCCUCACCAGCAUUCACUUCAGCUUUACGUUUUUUUUCUUUGCAUCUGUUUGCUUUAUUAUGUGCCUGAUUUGUUUAACGGCGUUAUUGUACAAUGACUAUUUGGGGGUUCACAGGGAUAUCUAAGUCUCUCUUGCUGUUAUUGUCAAGUGCUUUAUCUGGAUACAUGUGCAUUACGGUACAUCCUUCCAUGUUGUUGUUUUUUUUUUUCUCCAUCUCAUGUUUACCUUUAACGGCAUUCCAGAGGCAUUUGUCACCCAGACUUUAAACUGUGGAGUUCAGCCUGAAGUAGAAAGAGGCUGAAUUUACAGCUAUAAACUCUAAUCAGCUUAUAAGCUUCAUUCUCAAAUCCAGUUCUCCUUACGUUAGAUUGAAUGAGAGAUCAUCAAUUACAAUCCGCUACGCAAGUAGAUAAAACUUGUUACCUUAAAGCCAAACUGGGGUUUUUGCACAUUUUAGAUUUCUUUGUGUGUUAUUCUAUAUUAUUAGUUUCCAUUCAUUCACUAGAAUUGUUAAAGAUCCAUCACCACGGACAUCAGGUCAGCUUUUAGGGCCAUAAUAUUGCACAUUCAUUCCAAUCAACUUACAUGAAAUUUUUUUUUUUACAUUUAUCUUAAAACAAUCUCUGUGCACAUUGAAACAUUUGUUUUGGUCGCUGUCUUUGUUUCUCCUGUCCAUACUGGCCAUGAAGAGCUCUUCAUUCAGUGUGAAAACUCCUUAAGUUUAUCCGAACACAAAACAAGGCUUUAACAGUCCUGUUAGUGUAACUAUCCAUCUGGAAGAGACCCACUUUAAAUUUGUUUAACUCAGAUUGCUGAAGGCUCAUAUUAUCUUCUGUGGCACACUCAAAAGCAUUUUUGUAUGAAACUGUAUUUUAUCUCCCAUCAAUUACAGGGCCAGUAUGAACAGGAGAAA